AAACUUAAAAAAUUGGUGUCCACUAGAGAACUUUUUUUUGUAUAUAUAGUAAGAACCAAACAAGAUUUCAGAAUCUAAACCAGAAAAUGUUUUCAAACAUCGAUCACAAGGCUGUGGCAGCACUCCUUCAUGGCCAGGGAUGCGCUAACAUCCUCAAGACGGUCCUCGACAACUGUAAAGUUAGCUCUGUUUCAACAGAACCUCUCAUUAACACCAUUCUUGAUUCCUUUUCACUAGCUCUAUCUUCUGUGAAUUCUCCUAAUCGUCAACCACACCAUGAGUCUUCUUCUCGAGACAUGGCAGGUCUUGUGCCUCAAAGAUCAUCAAAGAAGAAGAUUUGCGGAGUAAAAGGUUUAGAGAUUUACAGAGAUGAUUCCCCCAAUCCCCGCCUUGAUGACGGCUUCACCUGGAGGAAAUAUGGACAAAAAACCAUCAAAACCUCUUUGUACCAAAGGUGUUACUAUCGUUGUGCCUAUGCAAAAGACCAAAACUGCUAUGCUACAAAGCGGGUGCAGAUGAUCCAAGACAGUCCUCCAGUUUACAGAACCACUUAUUUGGGACAACAUACAUGUAAAGCCUUUGGGGUGCAUGAUAAUACGUAUGGCUCUGAAAUGAUAAACUUCGACCAAGUUGUAUCUGAAUCGGUUAUGCGUCAACUUGCAACAAUUGGUGAACAAGCUGUUCUCAUGGAGGACGAAGCUAACCAUAUCAUGAACCAAGAAUAUGAUAUUAAUGAUUAUUUGGUGGAUGAUGAAGUCUUUUGGGGGAAUGAAUUUCCUCUAUUUUCAUCGGAAGACCUGAUGUUGUUUUGAAAACGUUGAUGCUUUUGAUUAGAAACCUUUCCAGGUUUUAAACAAUAAAGCUAUUAAGCUUUUUAUGUUAUCAUGGUGGAGAUUGAUUACCUGAAACAUUCAGAGAUGGGAAAGACAACAACAUAGUAUAAACUUCUUGAAUCAUUUUCGACAUCAACGAGUUUUCCUUAGACUAGCAAAAACGUUCUCACCAAAUAUGAAUAUCAUC